UCCCCAAGCCGCUCUGGGACCUGGGUACAGGCUAGGGAUUGAAGAUUCUCAUUGAUCAGCCCCACUUUCCGGGUGCAGGUGGGCCUUGCCCCCUUUUCCCUCGAAGGUCCUGGACGAACGGAGAGGGGCCGUGCCUCGGAACUUCUCUCGGCGCCCAGAGGACUCCUUUACACGGAGCAGGCACCCAAUAUUGGUAUCAGUGGCAGUAAUAGAGCCUAUGGCUUUUAUUUUAUUCAAGUCUAGCUGCUGCUUCCUUCCUCCUCCACCUCUGUCCACGAAAUGGUGUACUCUCCCUUUAAGACUAAAAUGGUGGCUGGCUACGAUCAGGACUCCACUUCCGGUGGGGAGGGGGGCGGGACCCCAGCCCGCUCACGCCGGAAGUGGUUUGCGUUUUCAAGAUGGCGACUCCCUAUGUAACUGACGAGACCGGCGAGAGAGCACAAGCAGGGGGAGCAGCAGAGGGAGAGGGAGAAGCAGGCUCCCCGCUGAACAGAGAGCCGGACUCUGGGAUCAUGACCUGACCCGAAGGCAGCCACUUAACCGACUGAGCCACCCAGAUGCCCAGAUGCCCAGAUUGCUUUAAAGGGUAGGAAUCUCCAAACCACUCCCUUCAUUUUGACUUUACCUUUGGAUACCAUGAAGGCCAGAGGAUGGAACCAAGAGAACAUAAAAUAGGCAAAUACAUCGCCUCAACACAACGACCUGACGGGACCUGGCGCAAGCAACGGAGGGUGAAAGAAGGCUAUGUGCCCCAGGAGGAAGUCCCAGUGUAUGAGAACAAGUAUGUGAAGUUUUUCAAGAGUAAGCCAGAACUGCCCCCGGGUCUGAGCCCUGAGGCCACUGCUCCUGUCACCCCGUCCAGGCCUGAAGGGGGCGAACCAGGCCUCUCCAAGGCGGCCAAACGCAACCUGAAGCGGAAGGAGAAGCGGCGGCAGCAGCAGGAGAAGGGGGAGGCGGAGGCCUUGAGCCGGACUCUCGAUAAGGUGUCUUUGGGAGAGACUGCCCAGCUCGCCAGUGCUCCGCAGGGCUCCCGGGCAGCCCCUGCAGCUGCCUCUGAGCAGCCUGACUCAGCCGUCACCACCGAGAAGGCCAAGAAGAUCAAGAGCCUCAAGAAGAAGCUUCGGCAGGUGGAAGAGCUGCAGCGGCGGAUCCAGGCUGGGGCAAUCAGCCAGCCCAGCAAAGAGCAGCUGGAGAAGCUAGCGAGGAGGAGGGCACUACAGGAGGAGCUCGAGGACUUGGAGCUGGGCCUGUGAGGCCUUGGGGGAGGGGGGGAUGGACUGCAGAACAAACCAGGGGGCGCUCUGGGGUCCUGGGGAAUGUGGGCAGCCUCGGUCCGGAGGGGGUACCCCCGUACUGACUCCCACCUCUCCUGGCCCAACUCCGUCCUCCAGAGCCGAGCCUCGCUGUCAUUCCUUCCCUCUUCUUCCCGACUCCGAUUUUUUGGACUUUUCUCCCUCCCAUUCCCAGUGUUGAAAAUCUCAGUGACUACCCCAGGUACCUUUGCUGCUGAUUGGGUGUCUUGUUGAAAAGAAGAUUGGGUGGGUGGGAAUCUCUUGCAGAACUGAGGUCGAGGGUAGGGGGAGUACACCCAAGUCUUGGAGUCUCGGUUCCUGUUCACAGUGUUUAUGGGUUAUUUCUCCCUCCAUCCCUCACCUUUUUUUUUUUUUUUUUUUUUAAAGAACAGAAUAAA